AUGGGGGAGACGGACAAAAUCGAUCUCCUGGAAUAUGUGGGUGGGACAGCAGCUCUAAAAGAGCCCCCACACUCCCCAGAGUGUGGAGGAAGAAAAUACAGACCCAGGGUCGCCUCUGCACAUGCCUGGGCUGUGUCUUUCACUUUUUCUGAGGAGACGCCCAAGAGCCAGGACUCGGACCGAAGGUGGGGGUGGGCGGGCGGCUGGCCAGCUCCCACUCCCAGGGAGAGCUACGUCUACAACAAGGCUGGGGUCGGGCUAGGCCACUGGGCCAGCUGGGUGCCGGGAGAAAGGCAGGAAAAGUUCGGGCCGAGGAGUGAAAAGAAACGGUUCCCACGCAGGAGUCUCGGGGAGCUUCAGGAUUUCGGCUUUCCUUCAGUCCGGGGGGCAGCAGAGGCUGAAGCUGCGCGCACUAGAUUUCUAGCGCUAGAGUAUGCAGAGCUUGGUACGCAUGCGCCACUUUGUACCGACAGUCAUUUCAGUCCAGCCGGAGGUCCCCAAGCAGGGAUCUGCGCGCUGGAGGGUUUGCUGAGAGGGGAGGAGCCUCCAAGGCGCCUGCGCACUGCCCUCCCUUCAUCCCUCCCCUUUCCCCGCCCCCUCCGCGAGAAGAGGCACCUAUUGGCCACCUGGGGAGGCUGCGUGGGCGUCCUCUGGCCACGCCCCGUCCCACUAUUUGAGCCAAUGGGAGGAGAGGACCCUGCCUGGCCCGAGGGGCAGAAGAGCAGAGAGGAAGCCAUGGCCCCCGCCCCCCCUAAGGCCGCGGCCCCCCAGGGCUCAGUGACAUUCAAGGAUGUGGCUGUGGACUUCACCUGGGAGGAGUGGGGCUACCUGGACACUUCCCAGAAGGAGCUUUACUGGGAGGUGAUGCUGGAGAACUACAAGAACCUGGUCAGCCUGGGCUUUGUGGUUGCCAAACCAGAUGUGAUUUCUCAGCUGGAGCAAGGGGAGGUACCUUGGAUACCCAAAGGUCUAUUCCCAAGAGGCAGCUGUCCAGAUUCAGAUACUAGGCUUCCAGUCAAUGAGUCAGCUCCAGAGUUUGGCCUUAAUCUAGAAGAAUCAUCUAAGAAAAGACUCUUGAAGGAUGUUCCUUGGAUCUUGAUGUUGGGGGGAGGUUGGGAUUAUUAUGCAAGGUUAAAGGAGGAACAGAGCAAGGAGGAUCAACAUUUAAAACUAAUAAAAAUCACUAAAAGGAAAUCCCCCAAUGAAAUAAGUGUUCAUGAAUAUAAAAAUGACAGAAGCUCUAGUCUACAGCCACAGAAGCGAUUUUUUAUAGGAAAGAGUCUUCUUCAUAAAUAUAAUAGACAGAGAAGGAGCUUCAAAAAAUAUUCAAAUGAAAAACAACAUAGAACUUGUUUAAAGAAAAUAUUUUCUAAUGACAACAGAUGUCAGAAAUCCUUUAGUUAUAAUUUUGACUGUAUUGAAAAACAUAAAGUACAUUCUGGAAAGAAGUUUUCUGAUUGUAAUGAAUGUGGGAAGACUUUUCUCCAGGACACUGAACUUAUUCUACAUCAGAGAAUUCACAGAGGAGAAAAGAUUUAUAAAUGCACUGAAUGCCGAAAGGCCUUCCAAAAGAAUUCCUAUCUUAGGAAACAUCAGAAAAUUCAUAGUGGAGAAAAACCUUAUAAAUGCAAUGAAUGUGGAAAGGCCUUUCACUGGAGGUCACAGCUUACUGAACAUCAAAGAAUUCAUACUGGUGAGAAACCUUUUGUAUGUAGUGAAUGUGGCAAGGCCUUUCUAAGGAGCUAUGAAAUUAUUCGACACCAGAAAAUCCAUAUUGGAGAAAAAUCUUAUAAAUGCAAUGAAUGUGGUAAGGUCUUUCGCCGGACUUCUUGUUUUAAAAAACAUCAGAGACUUCAUACUAAAGAGAAGGUAUAUAAAUGUAAUGAAUGUGGGAAGGCCUUUCACUGUAAUUUACACCUUGCCGACCAUCAGAGAAUUCAUUCUAGAGAAAAACCUUAUAUAUGUAAUGAAUGUGGGAAGGCUUUCCUCCGGGCCACCGAACUUACUCGACACCAGAGAAAACAUGCUGGAAGAAAAUCUUAUGAAUGCAAUGAUUGUGGGAAGGCCUUCCAGCAGAAUUCAUAUCUUCGAAGACAUCAGAGAAUUCAUACAGGAGAGAAACCUUAUGAAUGUACUGAAUGUGGGAAGGCCUUUCUCCGGUCUACUGGACUUACUCGACACCAGAGAACACAUACAGGAGGAAAACCUUAUGAGUGCAAUGAAUGUGGGAAAACUUUCCGCCAAAAUUCAUACCUUAUAGUUCAUCAAAGAAUUCAUACUGGAGAGAAGCCUUAUGAAUGUACUGAAUGUGGGAAGGCCUUUGUUCGAAGCACUAAUCUUAGUCAGCACCAGAGAACACAUACUGGAGAAAAACCUUAUAAGUGCAAUGAAUGUGGUAAGGCCUUCCGCUGUAAAUCACACCUUAUUGACCAUCAGAGAAUCCAUACCAGAGAGAAACCUUAUGUAUGCAAUGAAUGUGGCAGGGCCUUUGUCUGCAGUUCUAAUCUUAGUCAUCACCAGAGAAUUCAUACUGGAGAGAAACCAUAUGAAUGUAAUGAAUGUGGGAAGGCCUUCUGUAAGAGAGCAGAUCUUACCCAACACCAGAGAACACAUACAGGAGAAAAACCUUAUGAAUGCAAUGAAUGUGGGAAGACCUUCAGCCAGAAUUCAUACCUUAGAAGACAUCACAGAAUUCAUACUGGAGAGAAACUUUAUAAAUGUAAUCAGUGUGGAAAGGCUUUCACACACAGCUCCAGUCUUGGUGUACAUCAGAGAAUCCACACUGGAGAGAAGCCUUAUGAAUGUAACCAGUGUGGAAAGACUUUCACACAAAGCUCCCAUCUUGCUGCACAUCAGAGAAUCCACACUGGAGAGAAGCCUUAUGAAUGUAAUCAGUGUGGAAAGGCUUUCAUACACAGCUUCAAUCUUGCUGCACAUCAGAGAAUCCACACUGGAGAGAAGCCUUAUGAAUGUAAACAGUGUACAAAGACUUUCACCCACAGCUCCAGUCUUGCUGCACAUCAGGAAAUCCACACUGGAGAGAAACCUUAUCAAUGUAAACAGUGUACAAAGACUUUCACCCACAGCUCCAGUCUUGCUGCACAUCAGAAAAUCCACACUGGAGAGAAACCUUAUGGAUGUAAUCAGUGUGGAAAGGCUUUCAUAUACAGCUCCCAUCUUGCUGAACAUCAGAGAAUCCACACUGGAGAGAAGCCUUAUCAAUGUAAACAGUGUGGAAAGACUUUCAAAAAGAGCUCCCAUUUUGCUAAGCAUGAGAAAAUCCACACUGAAGAGAAGCCUUAUGAAUGUAAUCAGUGUGGAAAGACUUUCACACAAAGCUCUAAUCUUGCUGCACAUCAGAGAAUCCACACUGGAGAGAAGCAUUAUGGAUGUAAACAGUGUGGAAAGGCUUUCACAAAGAGCAGCAAUCUUGCUGCACAUCAGAGAAUCCACACUGGAGAGAAGCAUUAUGGAUGUAAACAGUGUGGAAAGACUUUCACACGAAACUCUAAUCUUGCUGCACAUCAGAGAAUCCACACUGGAGAGAAACCUUAUGAAUGUAAUCAGUGUGGAAAGACUUUCACACACAGCUCCAGUCUUGCUGCACAUCAGAGAAUCCACACUGGAGAGAAGCCUUAUGAAUGGAAUCAGUGUGGAAAGGCUUUCACAUGGAGUUCCCAUCUUCCUAAGCAUGAGAAAAUCCACACUGGAGAGAAACCUUAUAAAUGUAAACAGUGUGGAAAGACUUUCACACACAGAUCCAAUCUUGCUGGACAUCAGAGAAUCCACACUGGAGAGAAGCCUUAUGAAUGUAAACAGUGUGGAAAGAGUUUCACACGAAACUCCAAUCUUGCUGCACAUCAGAGAAUCCACACUGGAGAGAAACCUUAUGAAUGUAAUCAGUGUGGAAAGGCUUUCACAUGCAGCUCCAGUCUCGCUAAGCAUGAGAAAAUCCACACUGGAGAGAAAUCUUAUGAAUGUAAACAGUGUGGAAAGACUUUCAGACAAAGCUCCAGUCUUGCUGCACAUCAGAGAAUCCACACUGGAGAGAAACCUUAUGAAUGUAAUCAGUGUGGAAAGACUUUCACACACAGCUCCAGUCUUGCUGCACAUCAGAGAAUCCACACUGGAGAGAAGCCUUAUGAAUGUAAUCAGUGUGGAAAGGCUUUCACAUGGAGUUCCCAUCUUCCUAAGCAUGAGAAAAUCCACACUGGAGAGAAACCUUAUAAAUGUAAACAGUGUGGAAAGACUUUCACACACAGAUCCAAUCUUGCUGGACAUCAGAGAAUCCACACUGGAGAGAAGCCUUAUGAAUGUAAACAGUGUGGAAAGACUUUCACACGAAACUCCAACCUUGCUGCACAUCAGAGAAUCCACACAGGAGAGAAACCUUAUGAAUGUAAUCAGUGUGGAAAGACUUUCAGACAAAGCUCCAGUCUUGCUGCACAUCAGAGAAUCCACACUGGAGAGAAGCCUUAUGAAUGUAAACAGUGUGGAAAGGCUUUCACAUGCAGCUCCCAUCUUGCUAAGCAUGAGAAAAUCCACACUGGAGUAAAAUCUUAUGAAUGUAAACAGUGUGGAAAGACUUUCACACAAUACUCUGAUCUUCCUAUACAUCAGAGAAUCCACAUUGGAGUGAAGCCUUAUGAAUGUAAACAGUGUGGAAAGGCUUUCAAAUGCAGCUCCCGUCUUGCUAAGCAUGAGAAAAUCCACACUGGAGAGAAACCUUAUGAAUGUAAUCAGUGUGGAAAGACUUUCAGACAAAGGUCCAAUCUUGCUGCACAUCAGAGAAUCCACACUGGAGAGAAACCUUAUGAAUGUAAACAGUGUGGAAAGACUUUCAGACAACGCUCCAGUCUUGCUGUGCAUCAGAGAAUCCACACAGGAGAGAAACCUUAUGAAUGUAAACAGUGUGGAAAGGCUUUCACACACAGCUUUGAUCUUGCUGCACAUCAGAGAAUCCACACUGGAGAAAAGCCUUAUGAAUGUAAUCAGUGUGGAAAGGCUUUCACACAGAGCUCCCAUCUUGCUGCACAUCAGAGAAUUCACACUGGAGAGAAACCUUAUGAAUGUAAUCAGUGUGGAAAAGCUUUCACACAAAGCUCCAGUCGUGCUACACAUCAGAAAAUCCACACUAGAGAGAAGCAUUAUGAAUGUAAACAGUGUGGAAAGACUUUCACACAAAGCUCCCAUCUUGCUGCACAUCAGAGAAUCCACAUUGGAGAGAAGCCUUAUGAAUGUAAACAGUGUGGAAAGGCUUUCACACACAGCUCCAGUCUUGCUGCACAUCAGAAAAUCCACACUGGAGAGAAUCAUUAUGGAUGUAAUCCCUGUGGAAAGGCUUUCACAUGACCCCAGUCCACUGAGCAGCUCUCAGAUCCUGGUGCUGACUGAGUCAGUGAAGGACCCGACCAAUGAAGCUCAGGGGUUUUAGUCUCCCUUCCAUAUAAGCCUUGGCCACUGUGUAUUUGAGGCCAUGGUUAUAGUCAUUAGAUGGCCAGUCUUAAUGAGCCUCAUGCUGAGGCUGCAGACCAGAGAUGGUCAGGGAGGCAGAGUCACUAGAGCCAGAGAAUCUCUCUGGAGCCCCCCAGGGUUGGCCAUUAGGGCUAUAGAUGGUGAGCUUGGGGGCCUGGCCCUGGUGCUGUUGGUCCCGCUGCAAACUGUUCCAAUGCUGCUACUGCUUCUGGUGCAAGAGAUUGUGACUGACUGACCCAGAGACCCUGAAACUGAUGCUGGCUGAUGUAAUGACUGGAAUGAUGCCACCUACUGGAGACUUACUAUAGGAAAGCUCCACCAUGAGGAGAAUGCCUCAGAGGGCAAGGCCAUGUGGCUUUUCCUUGGCAUCAGGAAGUGACGUUUGCUCAUGGGUGCUGUCUAUCAAGGCUACCAGCCAAUCAACUUGAGGAGCCUCCCAUUUUCUGGGAGGGGACAGGAAGGAGGAAGGAGGGCCUGCGGGGAGAGCUCUGUGGCUUUUUUGGUUCUUGACCACCUUGGUGAAGGAGAGAGAGAGAGAGAGAGACUGCAGAGGACUUUACAGGAAAAUUGAGGAAAGAUAGGAAUGCCAGGCUGUUGGA